UAAAUCGUUUAUUGAAAAUGCUAAGUGUAGGACUAAUUUUUAUAAUUUUUUAGAAUUAAUUUUGAACUGUUAUUUAUUAAUGUACAUAAUACUGGAGAAAUCUAGGAUUUUGAUGUAAUAGAACUUGGUAAAUAGGGUUAGCAGUUGUUUUUCCAAUUCGGUGAAAUGGCAACGUCUUGCGAUACAAAAAAAAGUCCUCAAUUAAAUAAAAUUAAAUUAAAAGUAGUGAAUAGUACGGUUACUGCAAGUGAUUCUGAUGCUAGUGUCGAAACUAACAGUUUGAGCGCUGAAAGUGCUACUGAACAAAAUCAAACCUUACAAAAUGAGAAGAAGAAAAAGAAAACAAGACGUGGUUCAGAAUGGGAGAUAAUGGAAGGACUCAAAGAUGGACAGAGAUUUGAAAAUAGACCCAAUCCAUUUAAUGGUUAUCUGCAUAAGAAAAGGAAGUGGCCUCUUAAAGGAUGGCAUAAGCGUUACUUUAUGAUAGAUAAAGGCAUCUUGGUAUAUGGGAAGGGUCCCAACGAAAUAAACAAAGGUAAAAUUCAUGGUACUCUCGACAUAGGCUUGUCUGUGAUAUCAACCAAACAAAAAAGAAGACGUAUAGAUAUUGAUGCCGAAGAAUUUAUCUACCAUUUGAAAACGAAAAGUGAUGAGACUUUUACAAGUUGGGUUCAACAAUUAACCGCACAUAGGCUUUAUAGGCAGCAUAUUUUGACUUACGGCACUAACGUUGGCGCAUUAUUUAAGCCAGUUGAUGUUCUUAAUACGAUUUCAAGAACUCCGGAAAUUUUAAGUCGAGAUGGAAGUUUAACGAGGGGUUUGAAACCGCCAAAUGGGAGUAGACUGAAUGUUGUGAUUCAAGAGUCUCUAAACAAUCUAGAUCAAGCUCAACGUGACGCUAGCAACAUAGAACAGAAUAUUUCAAAGUUGAGCAGACUCUUACAACAAAUCGAAAGCAGUAAUCCUAUUGUAAUUGAGGUAAAUAAUGCAACUGAAACUGUUUCUCCCAAUGUCAAAAAAGACAGAAGGAAGUUUGGAUUAAAGAAGAAGAAAUCAGCUUCCUCCAAAGGAGGUAGUGUAGAUCUAACUAUCCAAUUAAGUGGCGCUAAAUCUGGUACCGGCACUGAUAACGAUAAUAUUUCUCCACUUUCGGUAAAUUCUUUUUCUGGUUUAUCAACUUCCACCCCCGCCAACUUUACUACUUUACCUAUUCCAAUAAAUACCGGAGCACCUACUCCCACACCUGACAGUUUGAGCAAUGUAGACGCCAUAUCUCUUUCAGCGGAAAAUCAAAUGAGGGAGGAUUUCAUUACACUAUCUAAACAAGUUAUAGCUAGUUUGAAAACUUUAACGUUCAGUCUAAGUACGGAGAGGGAACGUUUAAGAUCGGCCUUAGAGACAGAAAUGCAAGUUCCUUCGAAUGCAACAAAUCAAAGCAUAGUUACGCUGAAAAAUAGUCUGAAUCAGGUGCUACAACAGAAUACGGAUCUUAGAAGUAGAUUAGUUAAAAUUCACGAAGCCUCCGACUUAGCCGAUUUAUCUAGUGUCGAAAAUCUAUUAGAAAAUCAAGCGAAUCAUCGCAACUAUACGGCCUCCUUAAGCUACAGCUCCUCUUGUGUGAGUGCUACCGAGUUCUUUGAUGCAGAAGAACUGCCUCCUGAUCCGUCCAAAUAUCCUCCCGGAGAUGAGGCUGAAGUGAGGACAAGAUCAGAAACUAGUUCAGAAGGAGGGUCUUUGAGUAGCGAAGGUGAAGGUAGUAUAAGUUCGGAGGAGUCCGAACUCGGAGGAGAAUUGGAUACUGAAAAUUCUGUUGACGUUAGGGAAUCUCAAGGCUUAACUGGUCGUCGAACCAACUUGCCUGCCCCCCGCCCCCCAACGGAAGGUUUAUCACUUUGGAAUUUAUUGAGUCGAAAUAUUGGCAAAGACUUAUCACAGAUCAGCAUGCCGGUCGCUCUCAACGAACCCCUCAAUGUUUUACAGAGACUUUGUGAGGAAUUGGAGUAUUCUGAGUUAUUAGAUCGUGCUGCUAGCAUAGACGAUCCUUAUGAACGAAUGGUGGAAAUAGCCGCUUUUGCCGUGUCCAGUUAUGCCAGUACUUUCAGUAGGGCCGGAAAUAAGCCGUUCAAUCCUUUGCUAGGUGAGACAUACGAAUGCAUCAGGGAAGAUAAGGGAUUCCGUUUUAUUUCCGAGCAAGUUUCGCAUCAUCCUCCUGUCAGUGCAUGUCAUGCAGAAAGUACCAGUUUCACAUUUUGGCAGGAUGCCAGAGUAAAGACGAAAUUUUGGGGGAAAAGCAUGGAAUUUCAACCUUUGGGUACUGUAAACGUUUUAUUACCAAAAACUGGUGAUCUUUACACUUGGAACAAAGUAACAACGUGUGUACAUAAUUUGUUUAGUAAUCAACGGUGGGUAGAUCAAUACGGAGAACUAAGAAUUACCAAUGGCAGGAUUACGUGUAAAUUGACGUUUAAUAAAGCUAGUUAUUGGUCUGCCAAAAGACACGAGAUUGUAGGGGCAGUAUACGAUGAAUCAGGCCAACCAGUCCACAAACUGUUUGGAAAAUGGUCAGAAUCUUUGUAUUGCGGUGUUGCUCCUUCAGCUAGAUGUAUUUGGCGUGCUGGUAAUUUACCUCCUAAUCACGAACAUUACUACGGUUUUACAAGAUUUGCCAUAGAAUUAAACGAAUUGGGUCCUGAUUCUAAUUUAUUACCACCUACUGAUACUCGUUUUAGGCCGGAUCAGCGAGCUCUCGAAGAAGGCGACCUUAUCACGGCCGAAAACCUUAAAUUGCAGUUAGAAAGUAUGCAAAGGGAAAGGAGGAAACGUAGGGAAGAAUUAAACAUAAAGUAUGAACCUCGAUGGUUCUCUAAUUCAAAGGAUGAUACCUGGCAGUACAACGGAAAAUAUUGGGACAUACGUAAAAAUCAGGGUUUCGUGAAUUUACAAUUUGAAUCACUGUGGUGACCUGUGAUUCGUUUUUUUAGUCUAUUUAAGGAUUGUUUUCAAUGAAUUACUAUUUUCUUCCGGUUAUAGGAUCAACGGUUUAUUUUAUUCAUUCCCAUUGUACUAUUUAUAAAAAUUGUGUUUAGAAGCUGGUUAACUAUUAAUAUACUAGUAAAAAGGAUAGACGAUGAGAGAAUUAGGUGUAAUUGAUUAAAAAAUUGGUCCAUUUUUCGUAAUAUUUUACAUUGAGUCCACUGAGAUAUGUUUUUAGAAACUGUUUUGUUGAAAUAGUUGUAUUUAGAUAAAAAUCCUAUAAAAAACUUGGUUUAAGAUGGUUGAGAAUUUUAAUUUUUCUGUUUUUAUUUUAUAUAGUUGUUAUAUGGAACAUUUUUGUAAUAGAAAAUGUUGGAUGUGUCUUUAUUUCUCAAUACAGUAAGACCCCGCUUAACGCGUAGGAUACGUUCCAUAAAUGUAGAGUGUAAUGUGAAACAGUGCUAAUGAGGCUAUCUUAACAUGUAAAUAAUGGGGUUAGAGGAAGAUUGAUAGAAAAUUGGUUAUGUAUUGAAUUUAAAUAAAACCAAAUAUUUAUAAUACAAAAAUAAAAACAAUAUACUUAUAAAAACGGAUAAAAUUCGAAGUAAUACAGAUUAUUUAGCUUAUUCUGUGUUUCUAAUUUUGUGCCUUAUUAUUGAGAAGGCAUUUAAUGUAGUUUCCGGUUGCAUUUUGCGUUCUGUUAGAAGUUGUUGAUAAAGCAUUUAUAAAACCCCAUUUUGUUUUUGAAUUGGUCCAUAAUUUCGGUUAUAGUGGUCAAACUCCUUUUUACAAAUGCUAUCGAAAGUUCUUUAUGCUUUUUAUAACCAUUUCGACCGGUAUGUAUGUUGUUAACUCUGAUAAAUUUGUUGGGUGUCUUCGAGCAUUAUCAAUUAAUAGUAGUGCUCUUUUUUUUCAUGUUUUUUUUAAUUUCAUAAUAACGUUUAACAGACGAGCUCAGUGAUAUAAUCCUGGAACAUUUUCGCAUUUAUCCAUUUUCAUAGUUAUUAGAAUAUCAGAGGUAAAGUUGAUUUAGAUAUGCCUUUCAUCUCUCUUGUGUUAAGCGAUCUUUUGCAGAAUGAAAUCCUAGUGCUCGUUUCUCUUCAUGGAUUAGAAAUGCGUCCGUACAGCAACGCACCAAAAAAGAAAUACAACUACAUAUUUGGAAACCUAGCACUGCACAUAAUUUCGGGGAAUCCCCGAGUUGAAAUAAAACAGCGCUAAAAGAGAAAGCGUUAAGCGGGGGGAUCUUACUGUAUGUCAUUUGUUAUGUUUAUGGAAUAAAUAUAGUUUUAUUGAUUGAUUUAAUGUUAGUUAUUUUAAAAGGUGUUGCAGAAUUUGGCAGAAAAAUUCAUAAAAUGCAGAUUAUCACUAUCCUGAUCAAAUAUCUUCUUAUCACUUCACUUUCAUGUGCCUUUUCAAGCAUUGAAUUCUUUAAUAAUUGGGAGUUUCUGAAAUUGUACACACUGUUUCACUACACCAUACCUACACUCCCUAUUACACUGCCGAGCUCUUUGAGUUGGAAAUGAACCAGUGACCUAUGGACAUUUUUAAGGACCAGACAUCAUUGUGAAUGAUGGUGUAAUGGUACUAAGCGAUGUUUAACCAUAUUUUGGCAUUUUAAUAGAGUAAAGACAAAAUUUAGGAAGGAAAGUAUAAAAUUUCAACUAUUGUGCACUGUAAACUUUUUAUUAGAAAAAACUGGUUUGUUCAGUUAUCAGUGGGAUGUAGAUCUAUAUGAAGAACUACAAAUAACCAUUGGUAGGUUUACCUGUAAAUUGACGUUUAAUAAAGCUAAUUAUUGCGAAAACACGCAAGAUAUGACUUAAGUUGCUCAAAAUUUUUUGAAUAAAUUUUCGAAUGAGGGAUCAACGAUGGGUAGGUCAAUACGGAGAACUACGAAUUACCAAUGGCAGGAUUACUUGUAAAUUAACGUUUAAUAAAACUAGUUAUUAGUCUGCAAAAAGACACGAGGUACGUUUCUUGAAUUACUCAAAAAUUAAAAAAUUUUAUGUAGAAAUUGUUUUGACAAACUUGAUGUCGAAAUUCUUCAAUAAUCUCAGCAUGUUUAAUAAAGCUAAUUAUUGAAAAAAAGUCUCAAGGUACGUUUCUUAAGUUGCUUAAUAUUUUUUGUAGAAAUUCUCGAAUCAGUGGCCUAUGGUAGGUUCUAAGAACCAAACGGUGUAAUUGUGAAUUGAAUAUAAUUGAGCAUUGGAUUAAUCUAAGCACAUUUUUUCUCAUUUUUAACAAAUUUUUUUAUAUCAUUGUAAAUGUUCGACGAUUACAUUUAUCCCAUUUUUCAAUGGUCUACCUUUUCUUCUCAAAUGAAUCUCAAGUGCUGUUUUUUUUUUUGUUUAUAUACUUUCUACAUAUCGUCGGCUCAAGUCGCAAACCUUGUAACUACAUAGAACCUAAUUUCAUAAUAGACCCAAAAAAACUUAGAAUGAAAGAUAUAAACUGUUCACAGAUUUUUUUGAAUCUUUACGAAUGUUUCUGUUAGAUGCGUUCAGAUUUAAUGGUAUCAAAAUGUUUAUAAAGAAAAAUAAAACGGAGUUACGUGGUUUGCGACUUAAAUCAGUUCCAUUGACAUAUCUCAUUAUUUUUAUUUGACUAUAAGUGUAAUUUUUUGUUUAUAUAGCUUAUUUAUUUAUCACAAGCACAUUUAAAACAAAGAUUUUUGACAGAAGUGAUAGUUUGUCCUGCCAAAAACCAUUUGAUAAUCUGAAAUAUUAUAGGAUAGCUACAACUGUUCUGAAAACAUGGUAUGACCAAGCAAUAAUUCAAGUAUUUCAAAAUUGAUGAAAGUUGCAUAAAUAAGACAUUUUCAAGUGUCCGCACCCCGUUUUUAGUAUAGUUGUAGAUGUGAUAUAAAAUUUCACAUUUUCAAUUUGAUUGUUCCAAGAAAAAUAUUGAAGGUUUCUGUAAGUUUAAAAAAUAUCUUUCGCUAUUUAAUCGUCAUAAUUUUUUUUAUUCAUUUUAUCUAAUUUGUAACGAGUUUGUCGCAUACUUUUAUUCAUCUGAAACACUUUGUUUAUCAUAUACAACUAUUUUUGAAUGAUAUGAUGAAAUUUCAGUAUAUUUUCAUUUUUUGCUAUUAGAUUGGCAAGAGUUUUUCAAAUUUGCUAGAUGAUAGUUAUUCAAAAAUAUUGUAAAUGUCCUCUAACCUAGUUAUUGUAGAGGGUGUUGAAUGUGCAAUAUGAGAAACCAGUGAGAUAUUGAUUAAGGCUUAUUUUUAAACGAAUAAUGCUUUUUUGGUAUUGCUACUUAAGAAUCAUAUUUAGAAACACUUUUCAAGCGUUUUUGUAAAAAUAUAGAAACAAAUUACUCAAAAGUCUCACAAAAACUUUGAUUUUUAAGAAUUAUUUCAAGAUUUUUUUUUUCAAAUAUAUUUAUAAAUAUUGUAUUUAUUAAAUUUUAUUAGCAAUAAUUGUAUAAUAAAUGCCUGUGAACUAGCUUUAGAGAUGUUCAAGCAAAAUGCUAUUGUUUUUAGGUAUAUGUACUACAAGAAAUCAAUUAUAGAGUAAAAAAAUGCAUAUUUAAAAAAUUGUUAUGAUAAAAAUCAAUUUUUCUUUCUAGUCAUUAAAGUUAAUCUGUUAAAUUUUAUAAAGUGUUAUUUAUAUUGUGGUUGAAGCGUUCAGGAAUACCGUGUACUUCCAAAUACUCUUAAUGCAAUACAAUAUGUGUGAUACUGAUCCUAAUAGUGUUGAUUCUGAAUAUUUAUGUUAUAAUUGAUUCUCACAAACCUUUAUAAUCACAAAUAGUUGUCCAGUUUAUGUUGGAAGCACUGUAUAUGAACUGAAUUUUAUUAACCACAUUAUUAUAUUCUGUCCAUUUAUUCAUAAAAAGCUGUUUGGCUUGAAAUAGAAAAUGCAACCACGACAUACCUGACGGAUGUCAUAUACGAGUUUUGUGAGCAAAAUAUGAAUUUAUCUGAAUCGUUCAGGAGGAAUCGGCGCAUGAAUAUCGAAAAUUAUUCCACCUUAAUAAUGCCUUAAUGCAUAUUGUCCAACCCCAUUUCAUAUUGUUUAAACCGAUUUCAAUUGCAAGGAAUUGUUCCUUUUCAACCAGACAAUUUUUUUUAUAUUAUUUAUUGAAAUACAAAUAAAAAAAGUCCUAUGAAUUUUUGAAGGUUCGAAAAAUAUCGAAUUUGAGUACUUUUGACACUGAAAAAUAUAUUUAGAAACAAAAAUUAAAUACAAAUAAUAUUUUUUUUUUCGAAUCCUAAUUGAUAUUUUUAUACCGAUAAUAAGAAGAUAACGUUGGUUUAUACUUAUACUAUACUAUACAUCUAUGAAUGGGGUUUUGAUCAACACACAUUUGAUUUUCUUCUAUGCUUAUCUUAUUGAAACAAAUUACUUCUGUAACCCCUUCGAGAUUGUUAAAAGAUCAUAUUUUUUUCAAACCCCGUAAAUGAUCGUGAAGACUCUAUGCGAGGCAGGUGAAAUUUUGGAUUCUGAACUUUUUAUGGAAAAUAAUUUUUUGUAUAAUAAGCAUGUCGAUACUAAUAGGCAUCAAAGGCUCAAGCUAUGGAAGUAAAAGAGUUAGCUGCUUUUUAGUACUGUUCCAAUUGAUAUAUUGAUAAGAACAACUGUCUUUGAAAAUAAAACAAAUGUUCGUUUAUGAAUCCAUGAAAUCAUUUAUGAAAAUUGUAUAUUUUAUGACUACUACAUAUAAAAUACAAUUGAUACAAUGUGAAAACGAUAUUCUUUGCGUCUUUGUUGCCAUAUCUUCUCUUUAUCUAUUUAAUUUCUUAAUCUUUAAUUUAUUAAUCUCUAUCUAAUUUUCUUUUCUUUAACUUCCCGAUAUUUGCAUUUCAUGAAGUGGUUAGUAUUAAUGUUUAUUUUUCGUUUCACAGCUGCUUUUAAGAAUCCAAAGAGCCACUUGGUAAUCAGAAUAAAGUACUAUUAUCUGAAAAGGGUUUACAAUUUAGUUUAGAAAUGAUUGUUUCUCGUAUUUUACAUGUUAUAGUCUGGAAACUCUUAAGUUGAGUGUUUUUUAGGCCAUUUAAUACAUUUAAUUUCAACAUAUUUAUAAACGAACAUAUUUCAAAAUUUUGUAGGUAAAAUAAAUAAUACAAUCAAUGAUGAGUUAUUUUACUUAUAAUUGUAAUUGAAUUAUGAUUGAAAUGAAAUUGUGACAAUAAUAUCAGUAGCAUCCAUUCGUUCUUUUAGAAAAAUAGGAAUUUGAUAAUACAUCGAUCAAGUUGAAUGUUUUUGAACUAAAAUCUCAUUUGUUUUUUGUUGUGCAAUACUGUUUUUAUCUUUGCUUGAUUUGGAGUAUUAUUAAAACUCUUAUUACUUUUUUAAUAAAUGUUUAUAAAACGCACCUUUCUCCCUGUAUACCAAAAUUUUUCCUUUUUGUUACUUACUCUGGUGAUGGCCAAUAAAUGUUACCUG